UUGAUUCUAGUUCAUUUAAUUUGAAGUAAAAAUACUAGUUUGUUGGUUAGUUUAAUUUAAGUUGAGCCUCUCUUAGAAAAUCAACUACAAAUCGACAAUGGCAAGCGAGGAUCAGAAAUUCCCUCCACAAACCCAGAAAACUCAACCAGGCAAACAAUAUUUGAUGCAUCCACUCCCUAUUUCCGUCAAUCCUAUAUAUAAACCCUCCGACAAGCUUCUUGUGGCAUUAGUAACAGGAGGUGAUUCAGGAAUAGGAAGAGCAGUUUGUUACUAUUUUGCCCUCGAGGGUGCAACUGUGGCUUUCACUUAUGAUGUUAAAGGGGUAGAAGAUAGAGAUGCAGAAGAUGCCUUGACUUUGAUAAGAAAAGCAGCAAAAGAAAGCAAUGCAAGUGAACCAAUUGCCAUUCCUGCUGAUUUACAAGGUGAAGAGAAAUGCAAAGAGGUGGUUGAUAAGGUGGUUAGCCACUUUGGAGGCAUCGAUGUCCUAGUGAAUAAUGCAGGGGUAGCAUAUUAUAACGAGAAUAUUGAAGAUGUCACAGAACAACAACUAAGAAAGACAUUUGAAAUCAACAUCUUCGCCUACUUUUUCUUGGCAAAACAUGCAGUUAAGCACAUGAAAGAAGGUAGCAGCAUAAUAAACACAGCCUCAGUUCAGGCAUACAAAGGAGAAGCAAAUCGUGUUGACUACAGUGCUAGCAAAGGAGCCAUUGUCACCUUCACCAGAAGCUUGAGCCUUCAAUUCAUCAAGAGAGGAAUACGAGUAAAUGGGGUUGCACCAGGUCCUAUUUGGACUCCUAUACAAGUAGCUAAUUCACUUCCUGUGGAAAAGAUUGUAACUUUGGGUUCUGAGACACCAAUGGAUAGAGCAGGACAACCAUUUGAAGUUGCACCUUCUUAUGUUUUCCUCGCAAGUAAUGAGUGUUCAUCCUACUUCACUGGCCAAGUCCUCCAUCCUAAUGGUGGGGUAAUCGUUAAUGUCUGAUCGGAUCCAAGUGUAUCUUAUCCCUCAACCAAAAUACCAUGAUCAAGUGAUCUUAUAAAUAUAUAUACUUCUAUUUCUAUAUCAAUAAUGUAUACAAAUCCAGUCAGUUCCAUCGACUUGUCCAAAUCUUAUUUCACUGUUGUACUCCCUCAGUAUUUGCUAAGAAAAAUUGGUUGCACAUUA